AAAUUUCAGGAAUCGCAGAGCCCUGGAGCGCGAAUAUUCGGAUCACGUCCAUCUAUUUACUGUCACUCCGACGAGUCGACAACCCCAGCGCUUUCCAUCCCAUGGCCGCCGCCGACCCCGCCACCGCGGCCUCCUUGUCGCGGUUUUCGCUCCGCCGCGCCGUUCCCCCGUUCCCGCUCCGCCUCCCCUCGUCGCCUCCCACUCCGCCCCGCCGUCUCCGCCUCCGCGUCUCCUCCACCGUCGUUGCCCUCCACAAGCGCAAUCCCAAGCGGCUCAAGUACGCCUCCGAGCGCCAGUUCACGAGAGGGGAUACCGGGAUGCUGCGGGUGAAGGUGGAGCCCUCCGGCGAGGACUUCUGGAAGCUGGACCCCGUCAUCGACCUCAUUAACCGCGGCGCCGUCGGGGUGAUCCCUACCGACACCGUCUACUCCAUCGUCUGUGAUCUGAGUAACAAUGAGUCUAUUGAGCGCCUUCGCAGACUGAAAGGCAUCGGCGAUUCAAAGCCUCUCAGCAUCUUAUGCCGCUCGUUACGUGAUAUCGAUACCUACACAACAGGAUUUCCUCGAGGUACCAACCAAGGGCAAGCUAACAUUUUCCGUGCUGUCAAGCGUGCAAUACCUGGGCCUUACACCUUUAUUUUACCUGCAACCAAGCAAUUUCCCAAACAAUGCAUAAAGCAUGGGUUGUCCACAAGGUAUGCAAAAAGGAGACAGGUUGGUGUUCGAAUUCCUGAUGAUCCCAUCUGCCAGGCUAUAUUGCAAAAUCUGGAAGAACCUUUGAUCUGCACAAGUGUUAAAUAUCUGUCGGAGGAUGAAUGGAUACUUGAUCCAGUAAUAAUUGCUGAUAUUUACGAGCCACUGGGUCUAGAUUUCAUUGUUGAUGGUGGUGUUAGAAUUGAUGAUCCUUCUACUGUGGUAGAUAUGACGGGAACUUAUCCUACUAUAAUUCGUCAGGGAAAGGGUCCAAAGCUCGAUUGGAUGGAAACAGAAGAUAAAGAACAUGAGGCACAAUCGAUGUUGGAUUUUAAAGCGGCUUGAGAUUUGCUUCACCUGAGUACCUGACCUACUGUAUGUGUUUUCGAUACCCCUACCGAAGCAUGUUCUCUUGACUGCGUAGAAUGUUAGUAUACUGAACACGGACAAUAGGCUACAUGGUGUAAAUAUGCAAGCCAAUGUAACUACAAAUCACCAGCACCAGCUAUCUUUACCGAAUCUCUGCAUCGUCUGUUUGUUAUGUUGAUGUAUUAUUGUGAAAAUGCUGAGAGUUCUGCUUGGUCAA